UGCUUCCACUUAUUUGAUAACACGACACAUUCGUAUACUUGAAACACUUUAAAUAAAAAUAAAAACCGGCAUACAAGGUAGACAUACACAAACCACUUCGUUUAGAGCUACUUUUCCAUAUUUUUUUCGGAAAAUUUUACAGUCCCACUAUAUUCUCCCCUAUAUAAUACACCCAAUACCAAAGAUUGGUUAUCAGUAUUCUUUGGAAUUUCGACUUAAGCUCAAGACGAAACAAUAAAAGACAUGUUUGGUGUGAUAUUAGGAUUGUUAGUUGCGAUGUUCACCGUUAAUGUAGACUGUGGCGCUGUUAGUUAUAGUUAUGGCGGGAUAAGAUUGGGUUCUGGAUAUGGUUAUGGAGGUUUGAGGUUAGAACCGAUAGCUCCUAUUAAGUUUGCAGCCCCUUUGGCCUAUACAGCUCCUAUUCCUGCUCCGUAUUACGGAUAUUCUAAAGCAAUUGACUACUACACCCCGCCAAAAUACGAAUACAAAUAUGCUGUAGGCGAUCCCAAAACUGGAGACCAAAAAGAACAAACUGAAGAAAGAUAUGGAGAUGUCGUUAAAGGAGAGUACUCCUUGGCUGAACCAGAUGGUACUAUUCGUGUUGUUAAAUAUACAGCUGAUAAGGUCAAUGGUUUCAACGCCGAGGUAUCCAGAAUAGGAAAAUCCUACCACCCUGAAAGAUCCUACGUCACGAAAGGCUACUAUGGCGGAGGAUUGGGCUACAAAUUCUACUAAACCCCGAAGAAAUCACCAGAAUAUUAUGACAAGACUGCCAUGCCAACCUUAAACGCUCAGUAUUUUAUCCGAAAAUUAAAAAAGUAAUUUUUGUUUUCGGAGUAGACCCUGUAUAUACAUAUGCCAUACCGCUGUUUACUUAGGCUUUAUGAUGUUAAUUGUUUUUAAUUUUUAAGUAGGUUUGUAAGUUCGUCUCAUUUACAAUUUAUACAGAAAAAGGCAAAGAAUAAGGACCAGAUAUUAAUGUGUAUUAUUAUUUUAUUGUUAUUUCUGAUACCACCAAUGUGUUCAUAU